UUCGAUUUAAAUGUUAUGUAUAACGUGCUCAAUGAAAGCAAAAGAUAUUGAUAAGAAACAUUGUGUACACAAGCAUUAAAGAACCAUGAGGUUUGCAUAUAAGUUCAGUAAUCUACUCGGUACAGUUUACCGUAAAGGAGACUUAGUAUUUUCUCCGGAUGGAUCAACGGUCAUCAGUCCUGUGGGAAAUCGAAUAACAAUAUUUGACUUGAAAAAUAACAAGUCAAGUACUUUACCCGUGGAGAGCAGAUACAACUAUACUUGUAUUGAUUUAUCACCAAAUGGUGCUUCAUUAAUCGCAAUUAAUGAAGAUGGUGAGGCUCAUGUAAUCAGUAUGGUCAGUAAAAUGAUUAUACAUACAUAUAGAUUCAAACGGCGUUGUAGGUGCAUAAAAUUUUCUCCAGAUGGUAAACAUUUUGCAGUGUGCAAAGAAAGUAAUGUGUUUAUCUUUAACGCGCCUGGUUUACAGACGGGCGAAUAUAAUCCAUUCAUCAUGGAACGUGUGUUCCAUGGUGCCACGGAUGAUACAACUUUCGUUAAUUGGUCUUACGAUUCGAAAUUAAUCGCUGUUGGUUCUAAAGAUAUGGCCACAAAAAUAUAUAGUUUAGAAAAAUAUGCGAACUUUAGGUUUCUUAAUCUUGGUAGUCAUUCUGAUACAAUCGUAGCAUGUUUCUUUGAGAAAAAGAAUUAUGAUCUGACUACAAUUAGUAGAAACGGUCAACUCUGUAUUUGGGACUGUACAAUCGAUGCCGAAGAUUUAGUACCGUGGGAACCCCCUGUUAAAAAAGAUAAACGCCAUCCAGACAGUGAUAUAGAAGACGAUGUUGAUAUUGAAAAGGUUCUAGAGAGAACAGAGAAGCAAACUAAAGCUUAUGAGCGUAACUUACAAAAAUCGCGAUAUUCCCCUGAAAGAGACAACGACAUGGAUUUGGAUUCUGACUCCGAUUCGGAAAUUAAAAAAUUCCGUUAUAAGAAAUUAUGUCGUCAUUAUUUAGCCAAUAACGUUGUGAAGCAGCAAAACGAGAAAGUUGUACUUACCGCAGCUGCGUAUCAUCAAGAGACUUCUAUUCUUGUAGUAGGAUUCAAUAACGGUUCAUUUUAUUUGUAUGAAUUGCCUGAUGUGAAUAUGAUUCAUUCUCUUAGUAUUUCUAAUCAAUGUAUCUCGUCUAUUGCAAUAAAUUCAACUGGAGAUUGGAUAGCCUUAGGAUGCUCUAUGGCUGGACAGUUACUAAUAUGGGAAUGGCAAAGUGAAACUUAUGCUAUGAAACAACAGGGGCACAGUAAUAACAUGAACUGUCUGGCUUAUAGCCCGGAUGGUCAAUAUAUCGUUACUGGUGGCGAUGAUGGAAAAGUUAAAUUAUGGAACACGAUGAACGGAUUUUGCUCUGUUACAUUUCAUGAGCAUUCAUCUACAGUGACGGGAGUUUUGUUUAGUCAUAAUAGGAAAUUUAUUGUUUCCGCUUCGCUCGAUGGAACUGUCAGAGCGUACGACUUAGCAAGGUAUAGGAAUUUUAGAACACUUACUUCACCGCGGCCAGUACAGUUCUCCUGUGUUGCGUUAGAUUCAAGCGACGAGUUUCUUGCAGCAGGAGGCCAAGAUUUCUUCGAAAUUUAUUUAUGGAGCGUUAAACUGGGCAAACUCUUGGAGAUAUUAAGCGGACACGAAGGUCCCGUCGUCAGUUUAGCAUUCAGUCCAAGUCCUACUAGUACAGAAUUAGCAUCGGUUUCUUGGGACAAGACAUUGAAAAUAUGGAAUGCAAUCGAACAUGGUUCUGCUCAUGAAACAAUACAAUUAAUUGCGGACGGUAUAUAUGUUACUUACAAACCAAACGGCGAAGAAGUAGCGGUUGCUACUUUGGAUGGGCAGAUUUCGUUUUUCCAGUGCAAAACGGCUAUGCAAAUUGGUAGCAUUGAAGGAAGAAAUGAUUUAGGUAGCGGAAGAUCCGAUACCGAUCUUAUCACGGCAAAGAGGAACCUGCAGGGCAAAGCUUUCAAUACUUUAUGUUAUUCGGCUGACGGUACAUGUAUAUUAGCUGGUGGGCAAUCCAAGAAUAUAUGUAUUUAUAACGUUCAAGAAUUUAUGCUACUUAAAAAGUUUGUCGUAACUCAAAAUAGAUCGUUAGACGCGGUCGACGACAUUAUAAACAGGCGAUAUCUAUCGGAAUUUGGAAAUUUGGCCCUGGUGGAAGAGCGUGAAGAAAACGAAGGAGGAAAUGUGACGUUACGGUUGCCAGGUGUUAAAAGCGGAGAUAUGGCAAGCAGAAGGAUGAAACCAGAAGUGAGGGUUUUUAGCUUGCAGUUUUCUCCAACAGGACAAGCAUGGGCUGCAGUUACAACGGAAGGUCUACUAAUAUAUUCCUUAGAUGUUGGUCUGGUAUUUGAUCCAUUUCAAUUGGAACUAGGAAUUACACCAGAGACUGUGAAAAAAACAUUAGACGAAAAGGAAUAUGCAAGAGCAUUAAUAAUGGCGUUAAAGCUGAAUGAAAAGUUGCUGAUAAAGCGUGUCGUAGAAAAUAUUCCGUGCAUGGAUAUCGAAUUAACCGUGACGAAUUUACCUGAUAUCUAUGUAGAAAAAGUACUGAAAUUCAUAGCAUUGGAGUUAGAAUUGUCUAGACACAUACAUUUUUAUCUAAUUUGGGUAGAAACAAUAUUGACGAAACAUGGACCAAAAAUUAAUUCUGCACUUCAAAUGCCGAUAUUAUUAAUGUUGCAGAAAAAUAUGCAAAAGAAAUACGAUGAUUUGAGUAAAAUAUGCGAUUUUAAUCAGUAUACGAUGAGCUAUUUGAAACAAGUGGGAGAACGCAAAGCUGAAAAAUGUAUUUCAAAUAAAACAACAUCGGAAACAGAUGAGGAAUCCGACAAUCAUUCGGUCGUAGAACUAGAAAUUCUCUAAAAGCAUGACAAACUAAGAAGGUCGUAUUCUAGCUGAUAACGUAAGUCGAGCACCUUGACUACCACGAAUUCACCGAGGGCCGCGAAAACGAACAUCAUGCAACCCGCCAUCCACACAUCCAGCGCCUGGGCACACAAAAAGCA